AUGAUGCUUCUUUGGGGCCUCUGGAAAAAUAGAAACGAUAAACUCUGGAACAACUUGUCUAAACCUGGUCCUGCAAUUGUGGCUCACACUUUGGCGUGGUACGAAGAGUUUACGCAAGCUAAUAAACCCACUGUCCAACCUGCUUCACCGAAAUUGAAAGGCAGGCCAUCUUGGAAUCCUCCCCUACCCGGAAUGUUGCACUUGAACACUGAUGGUGCCUUUGUUCCUUCUCUGAAUUACAGUGGUAUGGGUGGUGUUAUACGAAAUGAAAAUGGAGAGUUUAUAGCUGGGUUUUCUUCUAGAAAAAGCCAUGUGGUUUCAGCAUUGCAUGCUGACUUGUUGGCAAUUAAGCAUGGAUUGGAAUUGAUCCAAGCAUUGGAAUUGACUAAUGUUAUUAUACUUAGUUGCCUGGUGGCUACUAAGGCCAUUGGUGAACCGGGGGAGAAUCUGUCUCUACCUGGUAUCUUGGUAGAGAAUAUUAACGAUUUAUUGCAUGAGUUGUCUGCUGUUGGUAUUUAA